AUGGGAGAACGUGUGGUGAAGCGCGUGGAGCGCAAUCGAGAUGGCGUGCCGUGCUGGGACGGAGAUGCUUCGACAUACCAGGAGUACUCUGAACUGGCACUGAUGUGGGAACAGAGUGUUCCAUAUCACAAGCGGUACCUGUGCAGGCCCCGCUUGAUACAAGAGCUCAGUGGGACAGCCCGUAGGUUCGUGCUGGCGAAGGAGCCCGACUGGGUCUCCUACUCAGGAGGGGUGCAAGUUCUCUUGGCGCAUUUGCGUCAACACCUGGGGUUGCCGCAGUUGUCAGAGAUGUCUGACUACAUGGGCCGCUACUUCAGGUAUAGCAAGAGGAAGAGACAUGAAAGCAUGAGUGAUUACAUCACUCGGAAGUCAGAGUUGUACUCCAGGACAUGUCAGAGCUUAGCAAGGGUACAGCAACGGUACUCGCCAGCAGCAAGAACGAGCAGGUCUGAGACGCUGACGAGACUGUCGGCAACCAGUGCCUCCAGCAUGGCACCAGAUCGCGAGGGUGAAGAAGAGUAUGAGGAUGCCGUUGAGGACGGCCAAGUGCCUGGUGGAGCCCAAGAUGCCCGGCGUUCCGAGGAUCCUUGGGCCAACUAUGCACAAGACUCAGAAUGGCAAUGGCAAGAUUGGCGUGGAGGAACAUGGUCACCUCAGCCCUCAAGGGGAACUAUGUCCAGGGUGGCGCAAAAGCUCCGAAACCAGUGGACAGACGAGGAUCUUCGACGACGAGAUCAAGGGCAGUCAGCUCUGGCGGCCAUGGAUGAGCACGAGGUCGAUGAGGACCCCGACUACACCUCCAUGGACUAUGCGCAAUUGGCUGCGCAGGGAAUGAAUGAGGAGGGCUUGAUGGCCUUGGAAGAUGCUGAACACCAAGCACAAGAAGCAAUGGCCUUGGUAGAGAAAGGCCGCAGGACCUUGAAAGAGGCGAGGUUCAAGCAGCACCAAGUCAAGAUGAGUCGACAGUACUACAAGACCAACAACAAGCCCGGCUACACCAGUGGUAGCUUUCGCCGAAGCUCAGAGGAGAAGAUCACAUGCCUUCGCUGUGGUGGUGAUCAUCGAGUAGCACAAUGCCCAAUGAAGGAGAAAUCCCAAGCACAAGCAGCUGAGCAUCAAGAGUCAGCGCCCUUUGUGUGCUUUGCAGACACUCAGGAACAAGCUUGUGUUGCCGACAACCUUGUCAGCACCAAGGAUGCUGUGCGACAAGGGAAGGCAGUGCUCGAUGGAGGUGCCACGAAGACAUUGGCAUCCGUCACCGCCAUGGAGGCCAUCAUGGGCAUCAACUCCAGCAAGCGUGGCAGCCCAGGAGUGAGUGCCGUAGAUUUGCAAGAUAGGCUUGGAGCAGUGAUCGAUUUUGAAUCAGAUCUGGUUUGCUUCCGCCACCUGAGCGACAAGCAUGUCAUCAAGUUGGAGCGUUCCAACACUGGACACCAAUUGUUACCUCUGACAGAGGACUGGUUUCAGCAAGCCACCGAGGUACAUCAGGGCGUGCCCAGUUUGAAGGUGAGCAAGGCCGAGAUGGUGACCGAAUUGGCACGCCUUGGCGAGAUCCCUCCGAAGCAGUGGUCGGUUGCAGAGCUGGCGACCCGUCUGGACGAGCUGCGUGCGGAACGCGGCCUGCCUCCAUUUGGUCAGGCAAAGUCCAAGACUCCCCUGCGCAAGGAGGUGAUCCGCCUGAACGAGGCGGCCAAGAAGAAGGGCAUCUUGCAGGAAUAUGUGCAGAACCAUCUCCAGAUGGCCAUCACAGGGAACGAGACAAUCUUGCAGCUCCAGAAGGCUGCCCUCACCAAGAUCUACCAGAUCACCGAGGCCUCAGCCGAGGAUCCAGUGGGAUUCGGAUGCCACUCAAGCCUCUCAUAUCAGGAGGUGAUGACCCAGCAGCCCAAUUAUGCGGAGUGGUGCGUGGUGACGGCACGGGAGGGCCCAACGGACCCCCGCUUGGCACGACUGGCCGAGUGGAUCCAGCACCAGCAGGAGCCAGAGAUUGCCAAGCAGAACAACAACCACCCACCAGCGGCCACCAGUGCAGAGAUGGAGGCCAAGGGUUACACCUUCACCGGCCAGAAGUUGAAGAAGACGGGCGCAACAUCCACGACAUCUUCCGCCUCCGAGAGCAUCACCAGCUCUCAGAUGGCCCAGACACAGGCCAUGAUCCAACAGCUGGCCAAUGUGGUGAUCGAUUUGAAGGACGAGCUCCAGCAGGUGAAGCAAGAGCUUCCGCGCAAGGAGACCAAGAAGGAGAAGGACUCCGAGAUGGGCAGCAAUUCGACUUUCUCUCUUGCAUUGACACAUGAUGGUUCACUCAUGUUGCUAGAGGUCGCAUGUAGCCCUGACAGCGUUCUUUCGGCCACCAUGCAAGACAUGACCAAGACCCUGCGUCUGGAUCCAGACGGGGCUUUCAGAAGCCAUGAGAUUUCCACCUUUUGUGAUCAGCACCAACUGUUUCUGGAUAUGAUUCCAGGCGAAGUGCACUGGAAGCUAGGAAUCUGCCAGCAGGCGAUCCAAGGUGUCAAGGAGGUUCUCAAUAAACUGGCUGAUGAACAGGAAGAAUCCAGUUUUCCUGAUCUACUUGCUGAGACUUGCCGAGCAUUCAACGCGAGAGAAACCAUCAGAGGUUACAGCCCUUUUCAACAUGUGUUGGGUCAAGCACCGGACGAGACCGGCCGGUUUUUCCAAUCUCUGAGACAAGCUCCUCCCGAGCCUAGCCUGGGUGUUUCAACAGUGGAAAUGCAGCGUCAAAGGCAAGUUCGCCUCAGUGCUGAGAAAGCUUUCUUGGAGUGGCAGAGCCGUCAGAGGCUUCAGAGAGCCAACAACUCACAGCACAAGCGUGUGAGGAACUUUGAAGUCGGCGACCUAGUGUACAUCUGGCGAAAACAGCUGCCCCACAAAGGAGCAGGACAAAAGCCUGGCAAGGGACAGUUCAUAGGUCCAGCUCGGAUCUUGGCAACAGAACAGUCCCGAGAUCCUGAGGGCAAUCUCAGGAGGCAUAGCUCAGUAUGGCUGGUGAGAGGUCGUAGGCUGAUCAAGUGCAGUGUGGAACAACUGAGAGCGGCAUCAUCACGAGAGACUCUGAUGGAAGAGCUGUAUCAACCAGAAGAUGUUCCCUGGGAUUUUCCCAGAGUAGCCUCUGAGCUUGGUGGCAACGACCAUAAUGACAUGACAGAGCAGAGCAUAGAUGAUCAGGAGUGGCAGAGGGCGCAAGAUCCUCAAGAAGAGCAACAACCAAGAUUUCGACACUGGCACAAGCAGCCUGAGCGAGGCGCUCCCAGCUCGUCACAGCGUGACAGAGAGGUGCAUCGCGAAAGAAGUCCUCUUCGAGCUCCCAGAACACAAGAGAGGGAUCUGGAGGGUGAUCUGGAUGCACACAUGGAAGCUGAGUCUCAGCCUGCUGUGGAAAGGAGAACAAGAUCCAGAACUCCACGACCAGGCCCUGGUUCAGAGCCCCCAAUAGGUUUUGCGGAGAUGGAAGGCUGGUGUCGAUUGGUGGACGAGGCGUACUUCACUGCUCCCACAAGUCGGGCGCUCAAGAACAUGGUGGGCUACUUCACCGCAGCCAUGAAGAAGAGGGCUGUGGAGGUGAAUGAACGCAAACUCACAGCUGCAGACAAGGCGAAGUUUGCAGCAGCAAAGGACAUUGAGGUGAACAACUUCAUCCAAGCAAGGGCAUUUGAAUCACUUCCAGAACACCUGAGACUGGACAAGUCGCGUGCUAUCAGGAUGCGGUGGAUCUUGACCUGGAAGAAGACAGACAGUGGCGAAGCCAAAGCAAAGGCUAGGGCUGUACUUUUGGGCUACCAGGAUCCUCUGUACGAGCAUCGGGCCACCACAUCACCCACUACCACUAGACAGACUAGGCAGGUUCAGUUACAAAUCUCAGCCAGCAUGCGCUUUCGGACGUGGAAAGGCGACGUGACGGGCGCUUUCUUGCAGUCACGCCCUUAUCCAUCUGAGACUUGUUAUUCUUUGCCAGGUUUCAGUUUGUGGAACUCCUAG